AUGCAUCAUCAAGCAGCCAAGGUAGGGUUUAACACCCUAAAUAUACAGCUUCUGAAUUUUCCCUUGAGCGCGUUCCUCACAGUAAGAGAGAGAAGAGAGAGGAUGGGAAGAAGAAAGGCAAAGUCGUCGUCCUCCGCGCUGAGAACGAGAGACGUCCUCGUCCUCUCUCUUUUUUGCUUCGCGUUGCUUCGUUGUCUUUUUUUCAAUAGGAAUAAUAGCGUGGGGUCGUUGAACGGGAUGUCGUUCGUGAAGCAAUGGGAGAUUUUAACUGUCGAUUCUUCUUCGUCUUCUUCUCCACCAAAACCGCUCUUACCGGUGCUUUUCUUCGACUUGAACGGAGACGGAAGGCAAGAAACCUUGAUCGCGUUUGACGAGAGCAAUAAAAUUGGAAUUUACGACGGAAGCAGCAGAGGAGGAAAAGGACAGAAGACAAAGAACAACGAGAACGGAAUGAACGAAGAUGAAGAUGUAGGGAACGAGAACACCUUGAGACUUCUAAAAAUGGUCGAUUUACGAGAAACGAACGAGAAGAGUAAGACGCAUCGGAUGAGAGACGAGCACGGAGGGAAACGCGUUAUCGCGCUCGCGGCGGGGAGACCGGAGGCGAGACGAAGAGGCGAGACGAAGAGGAGGAGGAGUGGGAGUGGGAUAGGGAGUAAACAACGACGUAAAACAGUUGUGAUGAUUAAACGGAAAGCGAUAUUUGUGGCGGUGACGGAAGAGUUGCAAGUGAUGACGUUUGAUCACAACGCGAAGAAGAAGUGGGAGCGGUCGGCGAGGGACGCGCUGUUUAGCGGUAAAGCGCAUCAUCGUCAUCAUCUAGGAGGAAGAGGAGGAAGAGGAGACUCGAUGAGAGUGGAAGAGAUUGCCGUGACGGUCGUUUCUGCAAAAGGGGAGAACGAGGACGGGUUAGUCGUCGUCGGUGGGCGCGUGGAGUACGAGAAGUAUCAAAACGAAGAAGGAGAAGAGGGAGAAGAUUACGAGCGAGGCAUGGAAGCGUACGCACGAGAAUUGAAGGACGACGAGAUGCUUUCAAUGCAUCGAGGCGGUAGACGAGACGAAACGAUCGAAUUCAAAGAGGAAGGCGUUGAAGAUAUCAUUGAAGACGACAACGAUACGUUUGCCUCCCAAAACGGGGCUUUUGUAUAUCUCGCAUUUAACGCGAGAAGUGGUGAACUCGUCUGGCGUCGCGUCGCCUCAGAUUUCGUCGCCGAUCCGGCGGAACUUUUACGAACCACCACGCCGGCGCACGAAGUUCGAUUGGAUUCGCACUUGACGAAAAUAGAAGAGCAUAAAUCGAAAACGGAUGGAAUUUGUAGAUCGUACAGAGAGUCUGCGUUAGCCGAGGCCCUCCCUCACGCGUGGAGAGACGCGGAGGAUACGCGAAUGCGCUCGGCGCCGUUUAGCAAGAGUCAAAAGCAAACGUCCUCCUCGUUCGGCGGUCGUAAAAAAAGAGCGCGCGGUGGACGAGACCCGGGUCCGCUCGCGACAUCUGCCGCGACGACCAACUUGAAAGCCGCAUCUCGCGACCCGAAUUUCGCGGUGGCGGAUAAAACGAACGAUUUCUCCAGUUUACUUUCCCGAGGCUUUUCUUAUUUGAACCUCGGCAAGAGCGCGGUGCACCACCGCGACGACGAACGCGAAAAGUUAGAUUAUCACAACCGCCGGUUUCAUCACCAACACAUGAUGUCGUCUUCGAACAACAACAUCAAGAACGCAAUCAUCGCGCACCAUCGCGACGGCGUCGAAGUUCUCGACGCGUUCACAGGAGAGUUGAUUUGUCAGCUGGCGUUGCAACAUCCCGGGUACCACGCGGAUAUCAACGGCGACGGGGCCAUCGACCAUUUAGACGCUCGAGGUCAUCGCGCGCACAUUGCAGACGUCGCAAUGGACAACUUCUCGCCCGGUUGUUGGGCCUCGGUCACCUCGGGCGCACCAGAUGUCCAAACCGUCUUCGAAGGGUCCAUUUGUAAACCGACGAGGAAAAGUUCCAUGAAGAGCACGCCGAGACAACGAGCGAAGAGCAACAAGAAACAACAAAAUUCGGGCGAUUUUUACUUGAGAAACAAAAAUAAAGACGACGUGGACGUGUUGACGCCAAUUAUUGUGCGCAGAGACGAUAAGAGCGAACGAGACAGGUCUUUCCGUCGCGCGACGAAAGACGCGGUGUUUUUAAACUCCCGGGGCGAGUUGACGUGUUACGCGAAAGACGGAACGAGGAGGUGGAUGGUAAAUACGCGCGCGAGUUGGAAGAUUGACGUGAAUGGACCACCGAAAGAUGGCAUAUACGACUUAUUUUCUGAUGUAAACAACAACAACGACUCGAAAGAGAUGGAUCGAUUCGUUCCAACUUUGGCGACGUUUAAGUUUCGCACGCACCAUCGACACCACGGCGUAUCGCACAACGUCGUCGUCUCCUCGAGCGAUGAGGAUAGCACGAACCGAACAAAUUACGACGUCAGUGGUGGUGGUGGUGGUGGUUCGCCAACGGCACCAUCACCUUUUUUAUCGCAAAGAAGUCUUUUCUUUAACGAGCAAAGUCGACGCCGUCACACCUCGGAGGCUUCCUUGGUCGUCGGAUCGAAAAGAGCGGUGAUCGUCUCCCCGUCCGGGACGAAAAUUGCCACCAUUUUCUUACCGUCCAUGCCCAUCGCUCGCGCUCAAGUGUUGGAUUGCAACGACGAUGGAAAAAACGAUUUCAUCGUGCGCAUGGAAACGAGCACGAUAUGUUACGCGCAGAAAAGCACGUCCGCUUUGAGCGUUUACGUGGUCAUGUUGACGAGCUUAGUUUUGAGCUCGUUCGUCGCGUUUAUUCAUCGAGUGGAGUUUGAGUCCUUACCGCCAAAACCGGGAAAAAAAGACGACGACUUUAACGACUUUAACGACGACGAUAGCGAUAGCGAAAGUAGUCGCAGUAGCAGUAGUAAUAGCGACGAUGAGAGUCACGACGGGGAAGAAAAAGAAACGGAACAAGAGAAGGAAAAGCGAACGAGGCGGCGAAAGGAAGCGCCGCGCGUGUUCCCGACCAUGCGCAUCAAACGCUUCGCGCGAAGCACCGACGUCGACAUCAAAGCUGAUUAA